CUAUAUAUGUGUGAUAGCUCAUGUUGAUACGGUGAUGUGUAGACUUGACGUCUAAUGCCCAAUCCAAUCACCAACUUAAUCGUCAAUAUUGAUGGACGACGCAUAUCAGGCAGCUGGUAAAAGUAGGCCUCGCCCGGCCAAUUCUUCUGAUUCCCUUGGGAAUCUGGAGGAGUCUAUCAUGGCGACUUACAAACAGGAUGACGAUUCUUCGCCUCAGAUUAUCGUAGACCCCGUAGAAGGGGAGAAAUACACACUAAAACAAGAAGCCUUUACGGCGGGAGAUUGCGGUACAGUCAGGACCACAGGCUUCAGUGCUUUGGUGAGAAAAGUGAAGAACGUAGAAUCCCCAGGACUACUCACUGUCCCAAAGGCUCAACUCCCAACUGCCAAGAGGUCCAAGAAGAGCAGUGGGAGGGGGCUAGCUAGUAUUUUGUUUGGGAUAAAGGACACCCCCAAAGUACAUUCCUUGCCGGAUGAGGAGGAUGAGACAGAGGACAACAGUACGCCAAGUUCAUACACGUUCUGGCAUGCUGUCAGAGAAAACAAUGGCAGGGCUGUCACGGACCUACUGAUAAGCAACCCCGAUCUCGUCAACGAAGUGGAUAACCUCGGGAACUCUCCUCUGCAUUUAGCAGCCAAAUAUAAUGCUGUGGCUGUUAUGUCUGUUCUCAUCAGACAAAAUGCAGAUGUUAAUAAGGAGGGUCCAUAUAGGUACCGUCCUCUACAUACAGCGGCUAGGAGCAAUAACUGUGAUGCAGCACAACUGUUGAUACAAUCAAGCUCUAAUCUAAUGUGUCAAGACGCUAAAAUGAAGACCCCUCUCCACUUGGCCGCCAGACACGGUCACCUACAGAUGGCCAGGACGUUGCUGGUCGGUGAAGGAGCACAGGUUGCGGUCAAUGCUGUUGAUGAGGAUGAACUUACGCCGUUAUUUGAUGCCGUGAUGCAUCGACAAACCAAGAUGGCUGUACUGCUUGUUGAGAGAGGAGCAAAUAUAUAUGCUGAGGAUAUCAACGAAACACUGGUAUACCAUUUCGCUUCUGCUGAGGAACUCAUUGACUUGUUGGAGCUAUUUUUAGUUACAGGUGAGAAUAUGUAUGGUUUGGCUGGGAAAGAAAGACUGCUGACACAUAGAGACAAUGAGGGUAACACUGCACUCCACAUGGCUAUUCUCAACAACAAACUCAAGGCAACCGAAUACUUACUAAGGAAGGGAGCAAACGUAAAUCUGAGAAAUGGCUCCCAUUCAGCUCCUUUACAUAUCGCGGCGGUUAACGGUCAUGUCCCGAUCACCGAACUACUCCUGUCGUACAGAGCCAUCAUAGAGAGGAGGGACAAAGAACAUAUGACAGCCAUACACAGAGCAGCGAUGUACAACAGGUAUCAGAUCGUGGAACUCCUCAUGAAUAGGGGAGGGGAUGUCAAUGUAAAGAGUGAGGACCAGAUGACCCCGCUGAUGAUGUCUUGUUGGAAAGGUCAUGUACAGACUACAAACUUCCUGCUUAAAAAUGGAGCCAAGAUCGAUGAGGUGGACCAGACGUGCAGGUCUGCCCUUCAUAUAGCUGUCCAGCAUGGUCAUCCGGAGGUCAUCACCCAGCUGUUGGAGAAUGGCUGCUCCAGAAUCAUGGAAUGUCUGGACCAGACAGACCAGACAGCACUUCACUAUGCUGCUAAACUAGGGGACAUGUCGAUACUUGGUGCACUUCUAAAGUACAAGUGCAGACUGGACGCCAGAGAUCAAGAUGGGAAGACACCCCUACAUAUAGCUGCUGAGUACAGCAACUCCAAGGUCAUUGAUAAACUGGUCCAAGCCAGCCAAGCAGAGCUCAAUGAUACAGACAGCGAUGGUAAAACACCCAUCAUGGUGGCAGCAGAAACUGGAAAUUAUAACACAGCACAGGCCCUGCUGUACCAUGGAGCUGACCUAACAAUGAGGGAUGAAGAAUGUAGGACUGCUACUAUGCUGGCUACAGCUGCUGGACAUACAAAGCUAGUCAAACUCCUAUUGGAUAACUAUGCAGAGAUCAAUCUUAAUGACAAGGUCAAGAACACACCUCUCCAUAUAGCGGCUUAUCAUGGACAUGCAGACACUACCAAACUCUUAUUAUGUCGAAAUGCCAAGGUGACAUGCAGAAACAGCUACGGCAAGACUCCAUUGGAUGCUGCUAUAGAAAACAAAUAUACAGAUGUUGUGAUAGAAAUGUUGAAACACGCCAGCUGGAGGGAUUGUAUGGAGAUGAGGGAUGAAGACGGAUUUUCUCCGAUGAAGCGAUUAAUAGAAAAAGUACCAGAGGCUGCCACGGUGGUAAUGGACAACUGUUUAGCCUACUCUGACCACAGGAAGGAUGACCUCCAAUACACUGUAAAGCAUGACUUCAAGAUCUUAGACCCUGGUCCAGAUGACCCCUGCUGUAAACAGAUCCGGUAUUUCGCUGUCAAUACAAUGGUGGAGAAAAAGCGCGAGGAACUUCUGUGCCACCCCCUAGUACAAAGUCUUCUCCUCAUGAAGUGGAGGAACUUUGGCCGUAUCAUGUUCUACCUUAACUUAGCCAGUUAUUUGAUUUACCUGGUUAUCCUACUCACCUAUAUGGGUCUGGUACCAAAAAUAACGACCAAUAUAAUGGACGAUGUCCGAUCCUGUCCAGUCAUAGUCAACGACAGCACAGCGGCUGAUCCGGCCAUUCUGGCCAGUCUGAAGGCGGCCGGCAGUUAUUCCUACAAUAUGGUGACAGACCCAACAGCGCUGAUUUUUAACAACAUCCUCAUCGGCAUCACAAGUCUCUACUCAUUACGGGAAAUCAUCAGUAUACUAGUGAUGAGGGUUCACUACUUUAAAAAUGUAAACAACUACAUGAUCAUUACGAUGUUGGUGUCCACCGAUUUUUUCCUUACGCCCAGCGGCUACCUUCCGUGUGAGUCCGAGUGGCGGGCUGGAUGGAUCGCCGCACUGUCUGCAUGUAUUCUCUUCAUGCAUAACCUCUCCGGACUUGACUCUAUAGGAUUAUACUUUGUGAUGUUUUCUGAGGUUGUUCAAUCACUGAUGAAGGUGAUGACUGUUCUGGUGUUGUUUCUGAUGUCCUUUGCCAGUGCCUUCGCUAUCACCAUGGCUCAAACUCCUGGUCUCACACCAGACAGUUGGUACCCCAUGACCGUCCUGUCCAUGACUCUUGGCGAACUUAACUUUGUCGGUAACUAUGCAAGUAGCACCAACGAUCCGUUUGUAGUGGACAACAUGUUUCUGAUGACCAUGUUCAUGAUCAUAAUGCCGAUUGGUCUGAUGAACCUUCUAGUAGGUAUUGCGGUUGGUGACAUAGACAAGAUACAGAAGGAGGCUUACCUGACUCGUCUUUCACUUCAGAUACAAAUGCUUUGCUCAUAUGAGGCCACAUUCCCAAGGAUAUUUCAAAGAAAAUUAUACAAGAGGAGGUUCGAGUUGAAACCGAACCUGGAGAGUUUGACCUGCAUGAAUCAGUUAAAGAAGAAACUUUUUAAUGUUGAAAACAAUAAGACCUAUUUAGAUGAGGAUGGCAGUGACCCUGUGUCAGACUCACUGAACCAAAUCAAACAUGACAUGAGGAAGCAAAAGGCAAUGUUACUAAAUAUGCAGGCGGCCCAGAAACAACAACAGGAGAUGAUGAGACAGAUUUGCAGCCAUCUUGAUGUCAAUGUAUCACUUAGUCGUCUUUCACCUGUAGAUUCUGUCCGGUCAGAUAUGCUGAGCAGGAUGGAAAUAGGUUAACUUACAGAUGCUCCACAUUCCAUAAUUAAUAAACAUCAGAUAAGCAGUAUAUUUAUGAUUCAAUAGAUUUAUUAAUUCUGUUUACCUUUUUUGCCUGAUCCCUACCUGUCAUAGCUAUCCUUGGUUAGGACACUUCACUGACCAUCCUGUGUUGUCAUAGCUAUCCUUGGUUAGGACACUUCACUGACCAUCCUGUGUUGUCAUAGCUAUCCUUGGUUAGGACACUUCACUGACCAUCCUGUGUUGUCAUAGCUAUCCUUGGGUAAGACACUUCACAGGACACCAUGUGUUGUCAAAGCUGUCCUUGGGUAAGACACUUCACUGACCAUCCUGUGUUGGCAUAGCUAUCCUUGGGUAAGACACUUCACAGACCAUCCUGUGUUGUCAUAGCUAUCCUUGGGUAAGACACUUCACAGACCAUCCUUUGUUGUCAUAGCUAUCCUUGGGUAAGACACUUCACAGACCAUCCUUUGUUGUCAUAGCUAUCCUUGGGUAAGACACUUCACAGACAAUCCAGUGUUGGCAUAGCUAUCCUUUGGUAAGACACUUCACAGACCAUCCUUUGUUGUCAUAGCUAUCCUUGGGUAAGACACUUCACAGACAAUCCUUUGUUGUCAUAGCUAUCCUUGGGUAAGCCACUUCUGUCCCAAUUCUGGAUGACAGACCUUCCAUGUUGUUCAGGAAAAAUAGCAACCAUCUACUACAAGAACUGAUUUCAAGUUGACUCACUGGGCGAUAAACCCAGAAGAAUUAACUGGAGCCUUAGUGAUUUCUAGUAUAAGAGAUUUUUAUGUGAUUCAUUGUUAAGUUAGUGACUGAUCUUACGUAACACAUUUAAUACUGUGUACAUGGACUAAUUAUGAUCUACUUUUAACAUUAAUCUAUAAAUAUUGACAUUAGUACAUUUUAUUAUAUUCUAGUCAAGCCAAGGAUUCAGUUUUAUUGACAAAUAUGAUAUUCUACUUAAGGAUGUGAUGAAUGAAUUUCAAAUGCUUCCAAUUCCUUCCUAUUUCUGUGAAAUGUAUUUAAGCUGACAUUGUAAGUAUUGUAUAUUGAUAUUAGUAAAGUAUAUCUGAACUGUCUCCCCUGUUGUAUGAUAGUAAAGUUUAUCUGAAUUGUCUCCCCUGUUGUAUGAUAGUAAGUAUAUCUGAACUGUCUCCCCUGUUGUAUGAUAGUAAAGUAUAUCUGAAUUGUCUCCCCUGUUGUAUGAUAGUAAAGUUUAUCUGAAUUGUCUCCCCUGUUGUAUGAUAGUAAGUAUAUCUGAACUGUCUCCCCUGUUGUAUGAUAGUAAGUAUAUCUGAACUGUCUCCCCUGUUAUAUGAUAGUAAAGUUUAUCUGAAUUGUCUCCCCUGUUGUAUGAUAGUAAGUAUAUCUGAACUGUCUCCCUUGUUGUAUGAUAGUAAAGUAUAUCUGAAUUGUCUCCCCUGUUGUAUGAUAGUAAAGUUUAUCUGAAUUGUCUCCCCUGUUGUAUGAUAGUAAGUAUAUCUGAACUGUCUCCCCUGUUGUAUGAUAGUAAAGUAUAUCUGAAUUGUCUCCCCUGUUGUAUGAUAGUAAGUAUAUCUGAACUGUCUCCCCUGUUGUAUGAUAGUAAAGUAUAUCUGAAUUGUCUCCCCUGUUGUAUGAUAGUAAAGUUUAUCUGAAUUGUCUCCCCAUUGUAUGAUAGUAAAGUAUAUCUGAAUUGUCUCCCCUAUUGUAUGAUAGUAAAGUAUAUCUGAAUUGUCUCCCCUGUUGUAUGAUAGUAAAGUUUAUCUGAAUUGUCUCCCCUGUUGGAUGAUAGUUAAGUAUAUCUGAAUUGUCUCCCCUAUUGUAUGAUAGUAAAGUUUAUCUGAAUUGUCUCCCCUAUUGUAUGAUAGUAAAAUUUUUCUUAACUGUCUCCCCUGUUUUAUGAUAGUAAAGUUUAUCUGAAUUGUCUCCCCUGUUGUAUGAUAGUAAAGUAUAUCUGAACUGUCUCCCCUGUUGUAUGAUAGUAAAGUUUAUCUGAAUUGUCUCCCCUGUUGUAUGAUAGUAAAGUAUAUCUUAACUGUCUCCCCUGUUUUAUGAAAGAAAAGUUUAUCUGAAUUGUCUCCUCUGUUGUAUGAUAGUAAAGUUUAUCUGAAUUGUCUCCCCUGUUGUAUGAUAAUAAAGUUUAUCUGAAUUGUCUCCCCUGUUGUAUGAUAAUAAAGUUUAUCUGAAUUGUCUCACCUGUUUUAUGAUAGUAAAGUUUAUUUUAAUUGUCUCCCCUUUUGUAUGAUAAUAAAUUUUAUCUGAAUUGUCUCCCCUGUUUUAUGAUAGUAAAGUUUAUUUUAAUUGUCUCCCCUGUUGUAUGAUAGUAAAGUAUAUAUGAAUUGCCUUCCCUGUUGUAUGAUAAUAGUUGUAUCUGAAUUGUCUCCCCUUUUGUAUGAUAAAAAAAGUUUAUCUGAAUUGUCUCCCCUGUUGUAUGAUAGUAGUUGUAUCUGAAUUGUCUCCCCUUUUGUAUGAUAAAAAAGUAUAUCUGAAUUGUCUCCCCUGUUGUUACUGAAUUGUCUCCCCUUUUGUAUGACAGUAAGUAUAUCUGAAUUGUCUCCCCUGUUGUUUGAUAGGUCUCUCACAACUUAUUAUUUCACUAUAUGUUAAUACCAAUGACUCAAUCCCCUCAAUUGCUCAUUUGAAGUUUAAAUAUUGUGAAAUUCAUAUCAAAUUAAAGAAUGAAGAUUUCCCUACCAGAAAAAAAUGAUGUUAUUUGAUAGGUUUAAUAGUAUAUAAGAGCUCACCAGUACUUGGUAGACAGUAACCCUGAUAUUUACAGUGGACUGGGGAAUGAACGCCUUUUUACACCUGGAAUCCUACAUCUUUCUAUUUAUACCAGGAGUGUAUAAUUUUGAUUUCUAAAAUCUCAAGACCCAACUCUUUAUUCUCUUCUAUAGAAAGUACACAUUACAUAUGUUAUUUACUCAGAAAAUAGCUACAAACCUAAGAAACACAUUUUCUUCAGGGACUUGGUUUAGGUGAAACACCAGCUGAUUGACUUAAUUAGUUGUGCGAGACCUCAUAGUCGGUAUACCUGAAUUGUCUCCCCUGUUGUAGGAUAGUAGGUAUAUCUGAAUUGUCUCUUAUGUUGUAUGACAGUAAGUAUAUCUGAAUUGUCUCCCCUGUUGUGGGAUAAUAAAGUAUAUCUGAAUUGUCUCCCCUGUUGUGGGAUAUAGUAAAGUAUAUCUGAAUUGUCUACCCUGUUAUGGGAUAGUAAAGUAUAUUUGAAUUGUCUACCCUGUUGUAUGACAGUAAGUAUAUCUGAAUUGUCUCCCCUGUUGUAGGACAGUAAGUAUAUCUGAAUUGUCUCCCCUGUUGUAUGACAGUAAGUAUAUCUGAAUUGUCUCCCCUGUUGUGGGAUAAUAAAGUAUAUCUGAAUUGUCUACCCUGUUGUGGGAUAUAGUAAAGUAUAUCUGAAUUGUCUACCCUGUUAUGGGAUAGUAAAGUAUAUUUGAAUUGUCUACCCUGUUGUAUGACAGCAAGUAUAUCUGAAUUGUCUCCCCUGUUGUAUGACAGUAAGUAUACCUGAAUUGUCUCCCCUGUUUUAUGAUAGCAAACUAGGUCAUCUCACUGUAGCCUUCACACAUAGGUUUGGACUUUGUGUACUACAGUGUUAAACUGUCAGAUAUACAUACUAUUCCUGUGUUGGUUACAUCAUACAGUGUUUAGAAUGUUGAUAAGGUUGAUUACACAUCUUAUAUCUUAUAUGUAUUAUUCUGGGUAGUUUUUUUUAAAAAGAAAACAGAUUGAUGAUAGGAAAUGAAAUAAGAUAAAUUAUGAUUUGAAAAUUUAGUUGAAAUUAUAACAGAUUUGAUUUGUUGGAUUAUUGGGUCUGUACUGGACAGACCUACACUCGAAUAAACCUGAAGACAUACACUGUAUUGGUCUUCCUCUCUACACACCAUCCAAAAUAUACAAGUGACUACAAAACUGUGUAGGUCACAGAAAUCGGACAUCUAAUUUUUACAUUUCUCUGAACUUGGAAUUGGAAAGACAUGGCCAUUUCUGAGCUUGUUUUCUGUGAAUGUAUACACUUUCCAGCAUUAACACCAGGUAAACAAUUAUCACCAAGAAAAGUAAUUUUCUUUGGACCAAUAUGACAUACAAGUGUUCAUCAUAUCUUGUGUAAUUUAAGUACAACAAACAUUCUCUAACUUAAAAAAGAAACAAUCUUGUGAAAUAUGUAUAUUACAUGUAGGUGCAAUAAUUAGCAUAAAUCAUUCAAAUGGUAUCAAUAGUUUUCCCAACAAAUAAAUUGUUGCUCUGAAUUUC